AUGAAUGUCAGCCAAGAUGAGGCAGACCGAGUUCUCCGACUCAAAUCCCGAGAACGCGAAACACACGCCUGUUAUCCCUGUCGGAAGCGCAAAGUCAAAUGUGACGGUCACCAUCCGUGUCGGACCUGUGUCCGUCGCAAGCACCCACACAUCUGCUCAUAUCAAUUGCGUGGGCGAGGGGGCCCAUCGUCGCCUGUUACCGCGCCGGGGAGUGUGCGGAAUGUGAGGUCGCCGGAGGGCUCGGUUGGUCAAAAUAUUGAUGUUGAUAUUGAUGCCGAUGCUCAUGUACCUGCGGAGGCUGGCGAUGUGCGAUCGGAUGACGCUUCGAAGAAUUAUGUUUACUCUGGGGAUAACUCCGUCGUCUCGAUCCUGCGACUGAGAGCGUCCGAUGCGAACGAUUCCGUUGCCAGGGAGGUUGGAUCGGUACUGGGUCUUCAGAACACUUUCAACUCGUAUCCAUUCAUGGAUUCUAAAACACCACAAGAGCGCUGGCACUCGUUGCUAGGCAUUUUGCCGCAACGGACGGAGGUUUUGAAAUUCUUUCACUAUUAUCGUGUGACUGCGUACCCUUUCAAUCCGAUACUAGCAGAUAUGGAUCGGUUUGAGUCAGACCUGUGCACUUAUCUAAAUGCCCAUGCAAACGGAGACCUACGUAACCCUGAAAAAAUCACGGAGCGUUGGGGAACGGAUAAGUCUAUCGGCCAUAUCAGCUUGCUGCUAGCUACUUUGGCAGCUGGUGCACAUUACUCCGAUAUCGAGUAUCCGCAGCGCUUGGAACUUUCUACAGACUUUGCUCGCCGGUCAUUUCAUGCACUCCGCCUGGCAAAUUUUCUUUUUCGCCCAUCGUUGGAUAUAAUUCAGGCACUAUUAAUAUUGGGGAAUACACUACAAAAUAUGGGCCAGUCCGAUGCGGCCUGGGCAUUGCUAGGCACGACCAUUCGAUUAGCGCAGACUAUGGGGCUUCAUACUGAGCGCAGUACCAUUCAUUGGCCUGAGUAUGUGCGAACAAAGGCAAGGGCCUUAUGGUCGACAAUUGUUUGGCAAGAUAGCCUACUCUGCCUCUGUUAUGAUCGCCCUCCCAUUGUAUCAGUCACCGGAUGGCCCCUUGACAACUCAUUUGUUGAGAGACAGGGCCUUUCAUAUACGGAAAUCAUGCAUUUUAUCUGCAGAGUUGGAUUGGAUAUUCUAGGACCUGAGGGUUUAGGUAUUACUGCCGCUGAACGAGGAAUCGAAUACUUACAGCUCAUCGACAGCGUCCGUCAAAAAGCCCAACCGCAUCUGCAUUCUCGCGAAAAUUGCACAAAACUGCAGCAACAUCUCGAAUACUUAGCUUUGAAAAUGCACACCUCCUUUUGUGUAUCUGUCGCCUGUCGUCCAGCCAUGAAACAAGCGCAGGUACAGCCGCCACAUUCGGAUAUUCUACGCUCACGCGCGAAGGGAAGCUUGAUUGACGCUUCGAGAGCAUUCCUCGACUUCCAAGCGCUCAGCGUUGUUCCAAUACGCAGUUGGUCUAUGGUACAUACUGUAUUAAGUUCGACUCUUUUGCUCUGCAUGUGGGAGGAAACUCGCAAUGACCCCGAAUGCCGCGAUCUGCAGCAAAGAGUGAUCGAUGUAUUUUCCUCCUCCGACUCACGAUCGGACGAUGGGACAAUGUCGGAGCCAGACCGACAAUGGCUAUCCGCUCGUCAUAUCCGCGCGUUGGUGACACUCCGAGGUGCCCUGGAUUGGGAGGGAAACCAAUCGACCGAAAAUGAGAACGUUGGAACAGGACCAAAUCCAGUUCCUUUUGAUGGAAAUUAUGAAAGUUAUCUUGAAAUGCCAAAUGCCUUCGACAUUUCCCCGGUCGCGUAUCUUGACUCGAUUAUGAAUGUGCCGAUGUUCGACUUCACUCAAGAGAAUGGAUUUUUGUGA